AGCAUCUGUGCAUCUUUCGUCGCAUAUUCUUAGUCGUUAAGCAUUUGAUUACUAUCACUUAAAUCGCGAGACAAAUAAAAAUUAUAAAAUGUUCAGUAUAAAUUUACCAAUCGUUUCUAAUUUUUGUGACUGUUUCGAUUUAAGAACGAGUGGAUUAAUAAUUGGUUGGCUUGGAGCUCUAACUUCUUGUGUUUCUAUAUUUCUAAGCGUAAUAUUUGUAUUUCUAUAUGGAAUUGAAAAUGUAUAUGUAAAUGGGAUAUCAAAUGUAUUUGGAUUGGUUAUCAGUGCUUGUUGGCUUUAUGGAAUUUAUGAGAAUCGACCAAGUUAUAUGUUAAUCAAUGUUAUCACGGUUGCAGUAGUUACAAUUGUUUUGUACAUUGGUGUGGUGUUUACGAUGGUAUUAUAUUUAAAGUUGGCAGUCACAUCAUUUGAUCGUAAAAUGUUGUUAGACAUUUCGCUUUUUAUUCACUGCAUUUUAACAGUCGGUUUCGCCUAUUUGUUUAUCGUUAUGUAUUCCAUCUACAAAAACAUCAAAGACACCACCUCUGAAUCGACGGGCCAUGAAGUUACAUCGCCAGCUUAAUCAUAAAAGAUUUGGGUUGAAUGUUUUGUUACAACCAAAAAUGUAAUUCGUAAAAUAUUGUGGUCCAAUGUUGUGAAUAAAAAAAUCAAUUUAAUGAUUACAAAUAACGAAA